GAGACAAGUAUCUCAACACCUGCCAGGAAACUGGGAGACUGCAGGCUGAAGUAGCUGUUAAAUAAGUGUGAAGCAUGAGGAUCAACUCUGCUAUUCAGGCUGCUAUUGACCUCACAGCAGGAGCUGCAGGUGGGACAGCAUGCGUGGUGACUGGCCAGCCCUUUGACACCGCGAAGGUGAAGAUGCAGACAUUCCCUGACCUGUACAAAGGAAUUGUUGACUGUUUUGUGAAAACCUAUAAGCAAGUGGGGUUUCGAGGCUUCUACAAGGGAACCACACCAGCGCUUGUAGCCAACAUUGCGGAGAACUCCGUUCUGUUCAUGUGCUAUGGAUUUUGCCAACAAAUUGUGAGAAGAAUUGUUGGAGUAGACAGGAAAACAAAGCUCAGUGAUCUGCAGAAUGCUGCUGCAGGCUCCUUCGCCUCUGCCUUUGCCACCCUUGUCCUCUGCCCAACGGAGCUGGUGAAGUGCCGGCUGCAGGCCAUGCACGAAAUGCAGUUGUCAGGAAAGAUAAUCCAGGGACACAAUACAGUUUGGUCAGUAGUGAAGGGUGUUAUUCAAAAGGAUGGUCCCCUUGGAUUUUACCGUGGCCUGUCAAGCACUUUGCUGCGGGAAGUCCCAGGCUAUUUCUUCUUCUUUGGAGGGUAUGAACUGAGCCGGACAUUCUUUGCCUCUGGGAGAUCAAAAGAUGAAUUAGGUCCCAUUCCUUUGCUACUAAGUGGAGGUUUUGGAGGCAGCUGUCUGUGGAUUGCUGUGUAUCCUGUGGACUGUGUCAAAUCUAGAAUUCAGGUUCUUUCAAUGGCUGGAAAACAGACGGGCUUUAUGGGAACAUUUGUAACUGUUGUGAGAACGGAAGGUGUACUUGCCUUGUAUUCUGGACUAAAGCCAACUAUGAUCCGUGCAUUCCUGGCCAACGGGGCACUAUUCCUUGCUUAUGAGUACAGCCGGAAACUUAUGAUGCAACAAAUAGAUUCUUACUGAUCCCUUCUAGCAGAUGGAGAACAAAAGGUUGUGUGAGGAUCACUUUAAUAAUCAAUCAAAAAUGUGUAGAUCACAUCGUGGUCUGAGCAGGGCCAAAUCAGUGACCUGAUUUUAGGAACUCCAGUUUAGGAUUUGUAAUUUUUUAAAUACAGGUGAUUUUAGAGAGAUGUGUACAUGCUGCUUGAAUUGGACCAGCAGAACUAUCUCCAUCUUGCAGAUUCUGUGCUAGGUACAUUGCAUGUCAUAAAUUGUAUUUUCCUGACCUGUAAUGGUGCUAAAA